AUGCUUACAGCAGCUGCUCCACAGGCGACACAUAAUCCAUUAUCUAAUAAUAAUGAUAAUGCUGCUGCUACUGCUGAGACUCGUCCACACUCAUCAAGCGAUAUAAAAGUUAAUUUAGAAGAACUUCCAACGAUAGAAUCAAAAGUCGGUUUGACAUUGACAGCAUUAGUAGCGAUUGCUAGCGCUGCUAUUAUUCCGGCGGUUGCAAUUCGGUCAUCUUCUCCUGUGACAACAACAACAAAUGCCAGUUCUAGUCAAACUAUCGUCCAGCAGCAACAGCAGAAUAUAACAACGGCAUCGACUUUCAGCUUAAAUUCCACUUCAAGUUCUACAGCCUCUGUUAUGGCGAUAACAGGAUCGAGUGUAAAUAUAAUACCAACGAUGCAGGGUUUGAAUUUGUUUGGAUCAACGGUGACAAGUGAGUAUCUAUGCAGCAGGAUGAAUAGCAAUAAUCAGUUUGAGCUUGUGUUUAAAUCUUAGUAUCUCUUCAGACUUCGCCUUUUGUAGUACAAGGAAAAUCUUUAAAGUUCUGUAUCUUUACAGCAACGAACACUGCCGCCACCGCCUUAUUGUCCUCUACUACGAUCACGGUGCCCACUCAGUUUACGACCGUUGUCGAUGGUAGUAGCACCACCAAUACCAGCAGCAUUAGCAGCAGCAGCAACACAAGUUAGUGUGUAAAAGUGAAUACGAUUUACUGAAGUAAAUAUUUUUAACAGGAAGGUGGUUUUAGAUAAACAGGCUAAGUUUUUAAUCAAAGCUAUCUUAAUCAUGACACGUUGGAUACUGUUCAUCCAUGGAAAAAUUUGUCGGUGUUAGGACGGAAACGGCGAUUUAUAGAUAACACCUGCAGCAUAUAGGAACACCCUACCUGAGUCCCCGGGUCAGUGUAGAGAAACCACCUGCGUAGUUGUGAUCCUUAUGGUCUAAACCCUCUGUACGUUUAAUAGAAAUGUCACAUUUUUCCAUAAAAUCUCGACCGUUGCGAUCCUACUGUUCUCUAUACAGGAUUUAUUGCUGCCUUUUCAUUGGCGCUAAAUUCAACCAAUACUGAAAAUUUCCUGUGGUUAUAGUAAUUUGUAAAAUUUGAAGAAAGUAGGACAUUUAAUCAGUUGCAUUUGCUGAAAAUGAAAUUAACAGUCACAGCAAAGUAGAAUAAUCAUAGACAUAUUAGACCAAUCUCUCUCAUUAAAAAUGUCAUUGAUUAAGCACGGCGCAAAAUAGCUAAAGAGAGAGAACUCAUUUGCUUAUGAGAGACGACGCUCUUUGCUUUGGUUUCAUAUGUCACUUUUUAAUGUUAAAGAGUUCUGAAAACAGUAAUGAAUUAAAAUAAAAACUCCCUAGUGACGAAAGGAACGACGUGGACAGCGAUUGAACCUGUGAUCACUCGUUUCACAGGUAAAUAUCUUUAACCACUAGACUACGCACGUCACUAUUGAAAGUAUUUUCUUUCUGUUUAUAUUUGUCAAAAUAUCUUUUAUAUUUUUUAAAAUAUUACUAACUAUUAAGUCCAAUGAAAUACCAUCUUGAAAAUACAGCUCGACGGUGUAGGCAAAUGAUAGGUGCGAUGAACCGAAUAUUCAAAUCUGCUCCAUCUUUCAUUCGACUUCAUAUAUACAAAACGUGCAUUUUACCUCUUAUGGACUAUUGCUGUGUAGUGUUUGACAGUGACUAUCUAACACACUU